AUGGAACACUUCAAUCAAAAUUCUUUCGAAAAACCAACCAACGUCGAAGGUAACAGAAAAAUGCUCCUAAAAAUUAUGUGCUCUACAGAUUGGAAAUUUUUUUAAAUAAAUUUCCUACCAUCUUAAUUGUCGUAGUUGGACAUCAAGAAGCGGAACAAGAAGACCUGACCGGCUGUGCUCGUGAAAUCCUCUCAGCCAACAAUAUCGAUCCAACACACAUUGCCGAAGUCUUCCGUCAUGGCACAAAAAGAGCCGGUUCUACGCGAAUCAUCAAAGUGAAAUUGACCUCAAGGAAAAGCUAUUUCCCGAUCAAGAAAGCCCUCGGACAGUCGACGUUUGGAACAUUCGCCCGCGACGACCUCAGCAUAGAAGAGCUGAAAGAAGACCGCCGCCUCCGUCAACAGUGCCACAUCAUGAACCAAGAAGUCGGUCGGAAGUGCUACGUCGUUCGGGACCUUGCCAUCGUCGCCACCAACAACCAGUCUCUCUAUGCCCCAGCAUCUCUUCACGUACCUUCAAAGACAGGUGGGGUGGAGGAAAGAUCUGAACCCGUAGAUAAUAAUAACAGCCAGUCUUCGCAAUGA